AUGGCUAACAGACAUUUAGAAAAAGCGAAUAUAAUACCUGAAAAAUGUUUAUCAAUAAUAGAUGAUGCUAUCAAUAAAUAUUCGAUAAAUUCUUUUAAUUAUAAAUAUACGAAAAAUGUGUUAGAGUUAGAAGAAAUAGAUAAUCAAAGUGAUGCAACACUUUUUUUUAAUGACAAUUCAGAUGAAGAAUCAGAAUUAAAGACAUACAGUUCGAUCUUAAUUGAGAAUACCACAUGGAAUUUCACAAAUGAUUCUAAAUUUGCAUCUAAUGUGAAUCCAGUAAUGAAUAAAAGGAUAAUAAAUGACACAAACAUAAAUAAAAAUAUUUUGGAAAUUUUAAAACAUGUACAAAAAUUAAAUAAGUCGAAUCAAAUUAAUCAUUUUAUAAGAAAAAUGGAAUAUAAUGAAAUAAAAGAAAUGAUAUUCAUAAAUACAAAAAUGGUUACAAAUUCAAUUAAAAAAAUAUAUAACAUAUUAAAUAAUUUUGUAAAAAAUAAGACAAUGCAUAUAAAUAAUAAUACAGAAUAUAAUUCUUUAUAUGGUAAUUAUAUAAAGAAUAAAUCGCAAAAUUAUUAUAAAAAAAAUAAGACAAUAUUUAAGAAAUAUAUAAUUUUACAAAAAUACUACAAAAAAAUAUGUCAAAAAUAUAAAGAAGAAAAUGAAUAUUUAAAAAAUCAAAUUUUAGCAAAAAAAAACCACGACCAAAAUGGUUGGAAAAAUGGAGCGAAGGGGGAUAAAAAAAAAGACAAAAAUGUUAUAUCCGGAAUAAACCAUAAUAUAAUAAAUGAAACAAUUAAAGAUCAUAAUUUAAUAGAUAUAAAUUAUAAAAAAAAUAAUAGGAAAAAUUUGUAUCCAAAAAAAAAUAAGUUAAUAAAUUGGAAAAGGGUAAAAGAAUAUACAGAAUGUAGUGAGACAGAACAUUUUAUAAAAAAAGAUGAAAAAAAUAUAUGCACUAACAAUUAUUUAACUAUAUCAAAAAAUGAAGAUACAGAAGAUUGCAAUGUUGUAAAAAAUAUAAUUCCAUUAUCAACGGGUUCCUUAGUUGGCCUUAAUUUAAAUCAAUCCGAGAAAGAAGCACCAAUUGUUUCUGAACAGGGUACUAUUCCGUCUCGGGGGCGUGCAGAAAAUGAAGAAAAUGAAGAUGUAGAAAAUGCAGCAGAUGCAGAAAAUGAAGAAGAUGCAGAAAAUGCAGCAGAUGCAGAAAAUGAAGAAAAUGAAGAUGUGGAAAAUGAAGAAGCUGUAGAAGAUGUAGAAAAUGAAGAAGAUGCAGAAAAUGCAGAAGAUGCAGCAGAUGCAGAAUAUGUAGAAGAUGCAGACGAUGCAGUAGAUGCAGAACUAUAUAUGGCUGAAGAUGACGAAGUGAACAAUGGAAUGAUUGAAGUUACGGAUUUAAAAUUUGAAUCUGAUAAUGUAGAUAAAAGGGAGCCAAUAGUAGAUGAUGAGAAUGGUAAACAAUAA